GCAGCAGCAGCGGAACCAGCAGCAGCAGUGGAACCAGCAGCAGCAGCUUAACCAGCAGCAGCAGCUUAACCAGCAGCAGCAGCGGAAGCAGCAGCAGCAGCAACAGGGACUGGGUGGACUUUACUAACACAGACCAGGUGUCAGACGCCUCCCCUGCUGUGUCCUGGGAGGCUAGUUCCUUGAUGUUAAAAGAUGAGGCGAGACUCCCCCAGGACAGCCCAGACACCACCCUCCGACUAGGAGAUGCCUCAUCCUCGACGUCCCACACAGACGUCCACACCGACAGCACCUACACUUCCACCGAUAUCAGCCGAGCUGGGGAGAGGACCCUGUUGUCCGUCACCUCGUCUUCCAGCAACAGCACCUCCUCUGCCUUUACAGAAGACUCCAAAUCCCAUCAGCCCCCCUCCACCUGGGGUAUUUCUGCUCAGGCUACAGAGACUGAGGACUACACCUACAGUGCUCCGUCAACCAGGACUGACAGCAGGGACACAACUGACAUGCAGCACAUGACCGGCUCCUCCAAGGGGAUAUUUCCAGAGACAGGGAGCCCAGGAGGAACCCAAAGUUUGACCGGACAACCUAAUGCUACCCAUGAUCAGUACACCGCGACAUCAGAGGAGAUAUCCGACUCAACACCACCUCUCAGAGUGACCGAGGUCAACACUGAGCAAUCUGAAGUGUCAGUUUCCUCCACACCUUCUGUCACCUCACCUGCAGAAGGUCCUACAAACAUCUCAGGGACAGAGCAGGGGUCGAGCUUUAGUGUUUCAACCUCCACUGAAUCCUCCACCGGAGCUCACAGCUCCAGCACUCAGAACCAAGGCACUGAGGGGGUUUCAUCCCAGACCAGGGAGGACAUCGUGGGCUUGGGUCUGACCACAGCGCCUCCUACAGUCAGCAGUAGUACAUCUGAGGUGGACGACUCUCUAACAGACACUCCAGUGCUGGUAACUGAGGCCUUCCUGACCACCACACCGGUCACUGUUACAGAAAGAUCACAGAUAACAGAGGAAGACACUUUCAAAGCCACUGCCUCCACCACUGCCUCCACCACUGCCUCCACCACUGCCUCCACCACUACAACCACCACCAGCACCACCACCAGCACCACCACCACCACCGCCGCCACCACCACCACCACCACCACCACCGCCGCCACCCCUCCUCUAUCUGCAACCUCAUUCUCCAGGUUCAGCAGCACUGUUAGCAGCUCUACUCCAGGGUCACCUACCGAGGCUACCAUCACUGACACUACACCCUCCACCACAUCCUCCACCCUGGCCCAGCAGUCCUCUGCAGCACCCCCAACUCACCACGUGUCACCCAGCCAAACUCAGGAGCCCUCAACUGGGAUGGCUAACCCUACAACCGCCACCACCCUGCAGAUAGAAACCAGCACCAGCACGCCGGGAAUCACCACGACUCAUAGUCAGCACAUCACCACCACAUACACCCACAGUACCCCCACCCCGAGGAGUACAGAGGCUCUGCAGACGCUCGGGGAACAGACAGACAGAGGAACUACAGAGCUGGCGGGAACAACAUCGCCCACUAAGACACCAACUCUACUAAGAAACCCUUGUGUGUCAAACCCUUGUAUGAACGGAGGGAUGUGUGUGAGCUAUAAAGGGCAUCAAUUCACUUGCCACUGUCAGCAGGCCUGGACAGGACUGACCUGCAACCAGGAUGUGGAUGAGUGUGAGAAGGACCUCUGCCCCGUUGGCUCCAGGUGUGUGAACACGCGAGGUUCCUUCAGCUGUGAAUGUCCACUCGGCUUUGACCUGGAGGACGGACGCACCUGCUCCAGAGCAAAAGCGUUUCUGGGAACUUUCAGAGUUAACAGGCUGCCACAUGACCCUCUUAUCUUCAAGAGCGCCACGAUGCAUGAGAUCCAGAGAGAGAUCAUUCAGCUGCUCAAUGCUUCGUUGUCAGUCCUCCGAGGUUACAGCCGCUCAACGCUGAGUAAGAAAGGAGAGGACGGGGUUCGUAUCUCAGCUGUCAACAUGUUUUCCAUUUCCACCGAUGUGACGAGCGCAGAGGUCUACAACAUCAUCCAGAUGUCUCUCAGCAACUGCAACUCCUCAUUGGCCCACUGCCGCAUGGUUCUGCACCACCAGCUCACUUACCAUGUGGAUAGUCUGUGUGCAGCCCAGAAGACUCAGUGUGAUGCAGAGCGCUCCACCUGCACGGACAGCAGCGGCACAGCCAACUGCCAGUGUCUUCAAGGAUACUACAAACACAACCCUGAUGACCUGUCCUGCUUAGAAUGUGGGGAUGGCUACAAGCUGGAAAAUGACACAUGUGUUCCGUGCAUGUUUGGAUUUGGAGGAUUCAACUGUAGAAAUUUUUACAAGCUGAUUGCAAUCGUGGUAUCACCUGCAGGGGGCGCUCUGCUCCUCGUCCUCAUCAUCGCUCUCAUUGUCACCUGUUGCAAGAAAGACAAGAAUGACAUCAACAAGAUCAUCUUCAAAAGUGGAGACCUGCAGAUGUCCCCAUACGCAGACUUCCCCAAAAAUAACCGCAUAUCCACGGAGUGGGGCAGGGAGACCAUAGAGAUGCAAGAGAACGGCAGCACCAAGAACCUGCUGCAGAUGACUGACAUUUACUACUCUCCUGCGUUGCGUAACUCAGACCUGGAGAGAAACGGCCUGUACCCGUUCACAGGCCUGCCGGGUUCUCGCCACUCGUGCAUCUACCCCGCCCAGUGGAACCCCUCCUUCAUCAGUGACGAUUCACGAAGAAGAGACUACUUCUAAUUGCCCCACCUUGAACACACACGCACAGAAACUUUACAUGUCUUAUACUGACAAUUGUGAUGUGUUAUAAUGGGUUUCUGUCACAGUGACAUUGCUAAUUUGUGAGUUUCAGAGAACCCAUUUGACUGUCUGCAUUCAGGGUUGCUGUAGUAUGUAAAUGCAGUGUGUGUGUGUGUGUGUGUGUGUGUGUGUGUGCGUGUGUCUGUGUGUGCACGUGCGUGUGUCUGUGUGCAUAUUAUGGAAGAUGUUAUGUAAAAUGUUUCCUGUGUGAGAGUGUUAUUAUGUGACCAUUUCAGUGUUUUUGCAUGUUUUAGCUCAUUUCCUUCAACUGACAGAUUGUAUUGCUGCUGUGUUGUUAAAGACUGUUUAAUGUGUUUUUAUCUGCCUCCCAGGCAGCCGCUGAUUCUCAUUUACUUCACUGUAUGAUGGAAAACAAUUUGCAGAUGCUUGAAACGUGCUUGAGGUAGGUGAUCCAUGACAGCAAACAAUCAUAUCCGCCUUGUUGCCACCUGGUAAUGCAGUGCAGAUUUGCGUGCACUUCCUUAAUGCACAAUGAUAAAUAGAAGCCGAUUUGAAGUGUUCACUUACUGUGCGCACAGACAGGAGUGUGAAUUAUUGAUUUCAGGAAUGUGGGAAAAAAACACAUUUAGAUGAAACUAAAAAAACAGCAGUAAUGUUAAAGUGUAUGUGAUGUGUAGCAAAUAGACUAGAACAUGCAAAAACAUGGAUGUGGUCCUUUAAGUGCUGAAAUAUGAAUAUGUGCGUGCCACUGCUGUGAUUUGAAAAUAAUCAGUUUCUUCUUAGAUUGUAGUCUGAGAAUAAAGUAUUGAUGGAACAAGACAAUAACAAACCACUGAAGGAUGCACAAAGGUCUGUUUAAUGCCAAUAGAAACUGAGGAAUGACUUCUGAUGCCAACGUUUAUUUAUUCCUUCUGUGUCCAAGUCGUUGACAUGUAGCAUAAUGGACGUCUCAUAUACACAAUGACAGACUGAUAAGGGAUAAACGUGUGGCUUUAAGUGUCUGUGUGUCUUAAGUAUUGGUAUUUGUGAGGUGUGUGUGUGUGAGGAGUAAUUAACUGUAUACCAAAAGGAUCAUAACUGUUAAAUGAGUGUUUGACUGUAAAGAAUGUAAAGAUGUAUCAAAAUUAGUUUGCUAUUUCUGACAUUGGGUAUUAUUUUUAUGUGACUUUUUUCUUUCUUUUUGUUUUUAUAUAUGAUCAGUUGAUACUGGCGUUUUAGUCAGACGUGCUUAUUUAAAUAAAAAAACAUUGCACAGCAGUUUUUCUCA